CUUUCUUUUUCUUUUUUUUUUUUUUUUCAUCCUUUACAUUUCCGUCUAGUUCAAUAGGUUAUUUCUUGAAAACAAAAAGUUCUAUAAGAAUAGAAAAGUUAUACUUAGCAUAGAUGACAUCAACCGCUGUCAGGUUCAUAUUUUGCAUAAGAAACAAUUUUAUUAAUGCCUAUUGCAGAAACUUACUGCGUUAUCCAUAUGUAUAGAGUUGCACUACGAGUGCGUCCUUUAACCCAGAAAGAACAUCAAACAAAUUGCACAGAAUGCAUUACGUUCAUACCUAACGAACCCCAAAUACUUAUUGGGAGAGAUCAUUCAUUUACAUAUGAUUACGUUUUCGAUAACAAGACAUCACAACGAUUUGUUUAUGAUACAAGUGUAGUACCACUAGUAGAAAAGUUUGUUGACGGCUUCAACUCAACCAUCCUGGCCUAUGGGCAAACUGGUUCAGGAAAGACCUUCAGUAUGGGAACUGCUUCUAAUGAAACCAUAGAAACAGAACAGCAAGGCAUUGUCCCUCGAUUCAUCCAAGAUCUCUUCAACCGACUGCAGGAUAAGAAACAAAGUGGCAAACUUCACGACUAUAAAGUUUAUGUCUCCUUUUUAGAGCUUUAUAACGAAGAUUUCGUUGAUUUACUGAGCGCUGCAGCAGCAGCAACGUACUGUCAACAACAGCAGCAGCAUAAUCGGAAACGAUCUAGUUCCUUUGGUACCACAAUGAUGUCUUCUAUGCCUGCUUCUUGUGAUGUUCAGAUAAGGGAAGACGUUCAUGGUCAAAUCUAUUGGACUGGUGUGCGUGAAGAGCUAUGUUCUGGUCCUGAAGAUCUCCUUUGGUACCUGACAAGUGGAUCGCAAUGUCGUACAACCGGGUCCACAGACAUGAAUUCCGUUUCCUCAAGAUCACACGCUAUUUUUUCGGUUAUUCUCAAGCAGGAUUUCAUAGAUAGUACACCUGAAGAUAUUUCGGCUGAGAUAGACCAAAGUUCACCUGAUAUAGCAGCAAACUUGGCUACUUCGCAAGGGAACACAGAUAAUAUUCGAACCAUCAUCAGUAAAUUUCAUUUUGUUGACCUGGCUGGUUCCGAACGGCUCAAACGUACCAAAGCUGAAGGGAACCGUGCACGUGAGGGAAUUUCCAUCAAUUCUGGUUUGCUUGCUCUCGGAAACGUCAUAAGUGCUUUAGGCGACGAUUCCAGAAAGCAACCAUUACAUAUUCCCUACAGAGAUUCAAAACUAACCCGUCUUUUACAAGAUUCUUUGGGUGGCAAUUCACAAACAUUGAUGCUUGCUUGUGUUUCUCCCUCUGAUUCCAACUUUUUAGAAACACUGAGUACAUUGAAAUAUGCUAACCGCGCGAGGAACAUCAAAAAUAAAAUCACUGUCAAUGAAGAAUACAGUGGCUCCUCUGCAGAAAUCAAUCAACUACGUUCUCAAGUGGCAAAACUGAAAUUAGAAUUGAAAAUCCUGAGAACAACAGUAGCUGAACAACCAGCAAUUAUUGGCAGCAGUAAUAAUGAAGCAGCUGAUAUGAUAAUUAACAACUUGAUAUGCCACUCGAAUGGUGGUGCAGGUUCCACAACAGUUGCUGUCAAGGCUCUGAAGGAGGAAAUUAAACGACUCAAAGACCGAAUCCAAUCCAUGUCGGACGACAUAUGCAGGCUUUCUACUGAACGUGACACAUUACUCAUGGAAAAAGAGUUGUCCAAACACCUUGUUGACGGCAUUCAACCGGACAUUGCCCUACAGCAACUUCAUAACAACAGCAGCAAAAGCGGAGCAAAUAUAAACUCAUUACCUAUUAUUAGCCAAUAUCAAACGACGAUCAAAGAGUUACGGAAUGAAUUAGCUGAUACGCAAGAGCGUCUUGCCUUCUCAGAAUCAAUUCGUGCUUCUCUUGCGCAAGCAAUAAAAACUCCUGCAGCUACACCUAAUAGUUCAGUGAGAUCACAAUAUCUACAGCAGCAUCACAAUCGGCACCAAGCUGUUAAGAAACGCCUCCCUUCUAUUACAAAUAAUAAGCGCUCAGCCGGCGUUAACAGCAGUAAAAAGCGACGCACCGCCACCAUAAAUGGAAGCACAACAACCACAACCAGUAAAAAUGUUACCUUCCGUUCCGCCCGUCGAUCCAAGGUUCCUAAUACAAAAAGCUCGAGAAACAAUAGCAAUGAUGACAUUGAUUCAUGGCUUAACGAGACAUUAGGGUCAUUACAAACAACCGAAUCGAUCAGCUUAAGAGCGGAUGCUAAGCUUUCAAUUGACAACGCUAAAACACAAAUAGAAAAGGCUCUCCAGGUUCUGGAUGAAUUCAAGGAUGAUAAGAAACAAAAUGAAAACGAUGUCCAAUAUAAUUGUGAUAUUCUCCAUGAUAAUGAACUAUUUGAAAAAUUACAAUCUGAAGAUUUCAACAGUCUCUUUGAUGAUUUUAAUGAAGUAGAACAAUCAGUACAAUCAGAUUAUGUUAGAAAAGAUGGGUCAGCAUGUGCUUCCUCUCAAGACAGUGAGACGCAGCCUAGCGCUAACGAACAAGAACUUACAGCUAUCUACUCAAAACAUCCACAGUUCAAAAAUGUUCUGAAUCAAUUACAGUCUGAUAUUCAAAUGAAUGAGGAACUUGUUCGUCAGCUCGAAAAGACAGAAACCGAAUACUGCCAUAUGCGUCGACAAUUUGAAAAAAAACUCCAUUCUCUUCGUGAGGAAAUUCUUGCAUUACGCCAACAAAAAGAAAAAGAGCAACAGCAAAAGCUAUCCCCUGUUUUGGCUCAACCUUAUAAUAGCAAUAGAAGAAAUAGUGCUACUAUUCGACUUGCCUAUGAAGCCAAAAUGAAGCAAUUGAUGGGUCAACUUUCCGACCUCCGUCGUAAAUACAAUCAAACUUCCAGUACUAUUCAAACCUCUCGGAACAAAAACGAAACUAUGUUACGUAGUUUACGUAGCAAUGUCGAAAGUUUAAAAAUUGAGAAAUCCCGGAUGAUCAAACGCAUGAAAGAAGAUGCUGAGCGCGUAAAAGAGAAACUUCGCAACCAUGAGCGUGAAAUCCAGCAAUUACAACGCAAGCAAGCAAAAGACAAUGAAAUCAAACGGCGAUUGGAGCGUGAAGUGAAGCAGAUGCAGAUAAUGAUAAGUAAGAAGAAUGACGAAUCCAUUGUGGCCUCCGAGAAAUUGAAUUCCCUCGUCCGUAUCCUUAAGAAAGCAGUGCGUGAAGGAGGCAUUCUUGAUGAAGAAUCCUUGGCGAACUGUGGAGCUCUCCUUAAUAUUGGCUCAGCAUUGCUUCAUUCCUUCCGUGUGGGUCGUAUCUCCCAUAGUAGACGACAAUUCUCUUCGAAGAGUCGCAAGCAAGAGCAGCACCAACGCAUUCCUGCUGAAAUACGUGCAACGAAAAAGAAAGCUUUACUUGAUAAUGCUCUUUGCCAAUUUAUCCAAGGUACGCAAGCUGUAGAAGAAAUGAAGCAGCUAUUAGCUAAACGUAAUGAUCUCUCUCAACGUAAAAUUGAGUACUUGUCUGAAAGGGAAAUGCUGGUGUAUGAUCUAGACGAUUCAAAAGAAUUGACAACCAUUGAUCAGGCCUUCAGACGGGUUAUUGACGAAAAUAUUGAGCGUAUAGAGGCUGAAAUUUCUUACGUUAAUGCUCGAAUUCAUGCCAUUCGAAAUGAUGCAGCAGCCGAAGUUCUUCAAGAAGACGAUCAAGUAGACGGCAACGAAGAAGUUGUUGUGGACCUGACCAGUAAUGAUGCGGAUAGAGUUCUCAUAGGUGCUCCUGAGAAGAGGAAAGUCACCUUUGCCGAUCAGAGUGAAAUUGUUAUAGGGGGCAAUAGCAGCAAAAAACGUGACACUAAGGCUAACAGUAAUGAAGUUGAUGGCUGGUUCGACAUCGAUACGAUGGAUGAAAAAUACAGUUUGCCUACGAACGCUGGUCCCGAGCAGUCUCUUAAAAUGAUUUCUGAAAUUCUCAUGUCAAUAACUGAAGAUGAAGCAUCACUAUUAAUGGAGGCAGUAAUUGAUGAUAUGGUGGCUUUACGUAUGGAAGAGUAUAACAAUAAAACAACCAUUCAGCAAUUAGAAAGGACAUCUCAAGAUCUUAGACGUACAUUAAUUGUCAUGAAAAAAGCGGCAAUUGACACUACUAUUGACACUGAAAAGAAGUUUAAACAAUUACUUCAAAAUCAACACACUGGAAGUGGUGGGUCUCGUCGUACUUCUUUAUCAUCCGCAGUAUCGAAAGCGACUACAGGGCGAACUUCAAGUAAUAUAGAAGAUGGCAGUUCAGGCAGCGACGUUGACUCGGCCAUCGACUUACAGCAUCAUGAUGACAAUAUCAGCUACCAGCACGUCGAAGAUAUGUUUGAAAAGAUAUACAAUGAUGGAAUCAACGGUAAAAUUGUCGAUUAUAACGACGUCAUUCCUAUUUUAUGCCCAGAAGCAACCAUAUCUUCAUCUGUCUUUGCUAUAAAUGCUGAACCUGAAGCCAUAAUAACUCCCUACCUCAAACCACUCCAAUCAGCAUAUGGUAACGUCCAGCAGCAACAACAACAGCAGCAACAGUUGAGGACUCCAUUACAAGCACCUCCUCUCAAGCCUUCUGCGUCACCUUUGGUUACUCAACGUAGAAAUUCCAUGUCUUCACCGGAGCAGUUUCUGCGUCAAGUUUUGCAAACACCCAUGGGUAUGCGCCCUCCGCCACCUUCUUCGCCUCUCAUAAAACCCACAGAAUCUGCUAAAUUUCAAAGAGAACGCGAAACUUCAAUCAAUUCAUCGGCCCGUUCUUCUUAUCGUAAAUGUGGGGGUGCACCACCCAGCCUUCCUCGAAGAACUUCUGUACAAUCAGAUAAUGGAUCUUCAUGGUGUGUGUCUUCAAUCUCCUCAUCUAUGUCAGGUGUGGUUGGUUCUAGUAGUAGAUCUAUGCUGCGUACUUCUUCUGGCAGUAGAAUACAACAACACGAAAUAGGGUCCGCUCAAGCCACACUGAAUCGACGACGUGCUCAUUCUUUUCAACUACAGCAACAAGCUACAAGUCAUGUAGCACCAUCCUCUCCCCCUACUAUGUUGCGUAGAAGCUCCCUACUACGAGAAAUGAGUAACAUUGCUAGUAAUAAUAGCCCGGUGUCAACAACCUAUUCACCUGCAACUGAAUUACCUUUGUUACCGAGAUCAGCUACUGCACAGCAAUAUUACAACACUAACCAGUAUGCAUCUGCCACCCAGCAACAGCAGCAGCAAGUGCUCCAGCGUCGUCGCUCAUUAUUAACAAUAAAUAUGGCAUCCAAUGCUUCAUCAACCAUAAACAGCAGGCCAACGAAUAAAGCAGCUAAAAGAUACUCACUUCAACACCCAGAAAUGUUGAACAGUUCGUCAUCAUCAGAUUUCAGAAAAACUAUAGUAGUAGGGACUCACCAGCAGCUUCACAAUGUAUUCGAUAGAUUGUCUAAUGGCCAUACUCAUGCUUCGCAAGCAAAGCAAAGGUCAACAUCAAGUAUGAAUAACCCUUAUCGUUUUUCGAUGAGUAGUAUUGAUGACCUCAGAAAACAAUGGAGCGCUGAGGUGCCAACUUCGGCAGAAUCCCACUAAGGAUAAUUGAUGUCGUUUGUGCCAUUAAAUAUAUAUACCCAAAACCUAGUGUCUUAUUGGGGUUACCAACAGUAUUUAUCGCUCAUUUAUGCAUUCUUCUGUAAUUAAAACGUUUUAGUAACUUUUGUAAUAAAUAUCCAAUUCUUUCGU